AUAAUCUAUGUCUGUGGCAGAAACGAAACAGAUAAACAAGAAAUACCUCACAACUCAUAAAAUGAUUUUAAUUUAUAAAUUAAUAAUCAUUCUCGUGUAAGAUAUUUUAUAGUUAAUGGAAAAUAAUUCAUAUUUUACUCGGAUGAAAUGCAAUUAAAUAAUAAGUAACCUUCUUUACACCACAAAAGGAUCCAAGACUUAAAAUUUACAUGCCUUUUACUUUGACUUGCUAAAAAACAUGUACUUAACUAUAUUAUUUUAUAUUUUAAUUAAAACUCAGGUAUCAAAUUCUAACUGUGGUUGCCAAUUAAGCAGAGAGACUGAUUCAUGUGGAGAUAAUCCUGCAGCUAAGUACUUCAAGGAUGUAAAUGAAGAUUUCAAUGAUGGGGCCCAAACCCCACAUAAAGUAAACAUUGAAGAUAUGGCACUUAUUAAAAGAAACACUUUUACAAUGGGUACUGAUAAACCAGUUUUUGUGUCAGAUUAUGAAGGACCAGUGCGUAAUGUAACUGUAGCAACCUUUUACUUGGAUGCACAUGAAGUUUCAAACAUUCAAUUCAUGGAAUUUGUUGAACAAACAGGCUACAAAACAGAAGCUGAAGUUUUUGGUGACAGUUUCAUCUUUGAAAUGUUCAUAUCCAAGGAGGAACAGGAAAAACACAAAGAUUAUAGAGCUGUCCAGGCCCCAUGGUGGAUAAAAAUGAUGGGAGUAUCAUGGAAGCAUCCUGAAGGACCCUUGUCUGAUAUAAAAAACAGAAUGGACCAUCCUGUAAUACAUGUCUCAUGGAAUGAUGCAGUUAAAUAUUGUAGUCAUGUGGGGAAAAGAUUGCCUACUGAAGCAGAAUGGGAAAUGGCAUGCAGAGGAGGCCUACAUCAAAAGCUUUAUCCUUGGGGAAAUAAAUUAAUGGCAAAGGGACAACAUUGGGCAAAUAUUUGGCAAGGCGACUUCCCUCAAAUUAACACAGCAGAAGAUGGAUAUAUUUCAACAUCACCCGUUGUCAGUUUUCCUCCCAACAAAUUUGGACUGUAUAAUAUGGCUGGAAAUGUUUGGGAAUGGACCCAGGAUUCUUGGGCAUCAGAUACAGAUUUGAAAGUUAAAAAAGGGGGUUCUUUUUUAUGUCACGAAAGUUACUGCUGGAGAUACAGGUGUGCAGCUAGAUCACACAAUACUGCAGAUACAUCAGCCAGUAAUUUAGGUUUUCGAUGUGCAGCUGAUGCAAUGAAAAAUAAUCUUUAAUCUUGCCCUUUGAUUCAUUGAACGAUAAUAACUAAGACAAUAAUGUGCUUCAGUAUUAAUACUAAAGCAUUAUUAUACUUUAAAACGCAAAUCUAUAAUUUUUAAAUUUCAAGUAGUUAAUUGCCAGUGGAAUGUAUCUAUUCGUGAAUGAACAGAAACGCAUUUUUAUAAUAAUUGUUAAAGUACUUAAGUUUUGUUGUUUGAAGUCUUCCGCUUGCAUGUAUUGUUAAAAAAUCAGAAAACCUGAUAUAAUAGGAAAAUAUAUAUUUUUUGCAAGA